ACUUUCCCACCCACCAAACAGACAAACAUCCAACAAGGAAAGGUUAGGGCUUCCACUUUCUGAUCUUCUUUUCAAUUUUCCCUGUUCCCCCAAACACAAUUGCAAUGAUUACCGGUUUUCGCUUGGGAAACCGUUUUCUGGCUAUUGGGCUCGGUGUCAGGAGGAAUUUAUGUAGCUUGUGGGUCGAGUAAAAAGGAGGGCAAAUAUUCAUUGGAGGAUCCAAGACUCAAGAGAGAACUUUUAUGAGUUCUUAUAUUUUCUUUAGAUUGUUUAUUUUAUUUUAUUUAAUUGUCAGUAAAUAAUUAGAUUGCUAUAGUUUGAAUGCAUAUAUUGAUAAAUGGAGUCAAAAGUUUCUUCAGUUUCAAUUCCAAGAGAUUUGGUAAAAUGCUGCGAGUGUGGUCAUCCUUCUAGUACUUGGUUUCGGUCUGUGAAACGAAAAUACGAUGAGUUUGAGACAACAAACAGGUUUUCUGUUCCGGAGUUGGAUCUUGACUCCAAUGCUAAAGUCCAAAUCGAGAAUGAAUGUGCUGCUUUACGGGAGACGGUUAGCAGCCAACAGGCUACAAUACAGGAGUUGAAUAGAGAUUUGGAGGAAGAGAGAAAUGCCUCAUCAUCGGCUGCUACUGAGGCCAUGUCGAUGAUAUUGAAGUUGCAGAGUGAGAAGGCGGAGCUCCAAAUGGAGGCACGGCAAUUCAAGAGUUAUGCCGACGAGAAAAUGGCACAUGACCAGGAGGCCAUAAUGGUAUUGGAGGAUCUGUUGUUUAAGAGAGAGCAGACUAUUCAAGCUCUUACAUGCGAAGCUCAGGCUUACAAACAUAGGAUGUUGAGUUAUGGGCUUACAGAGGAAGAGGUUGAAGGUGAGCCGGACGGGGAGUUUCACAACAUGGCUGAGAACUUUGGUGAUUCAGAUGAUUUCCUUCCAUAUGAUUAUCCACCUCCGAAGUGCAGUUUGAACGAGAAUCCUGGUGAUUAUGUUGAAGAUAUCGAGAAAUAUUCAUUUGUCGAGACCCCCCGAGAAUACUUGAGAAAUCUGGAACAAAGGAUCUGCAUAAUGGAGAGGAAUCUGAGCAGCAGUCAUCUGAGUCAUGGGGAUGGAUGUUACCCUGCAACAAAGAAUGUUUCAGAGAAGGAUGGUGAUAGUUCAAAUUCGUUCCUUCCUAAAGAGACCGGUUCAGAAUUCAUCGGUGAUUCUCCCAGGUUCGAUAAUAGCUUCAAGAGGAUGGAGUUCAUUUCAGAAACGGACAAGAUUUCCGGCUCGAGAAGAAUGGAUAAUGCUUCGGAAAUUGAAGAUGAUAUGAGUGACAGAGUUUAUACGAUUGAUUCAAUCCAUACCGGGGUGCCAUAUGAGGGAACCUCCAAGCCUAUACCUGGAGUUGGAGAUCGUGAUGAUUAUGGAUACAGUCAAAGGGAUGCAUUUGAUCUGCCCGAUGUUUGUGAUCCCGAUAUAAAGAAGCUGUACGCGAGGCUUCAGGCCCUUGAGGCUGAUAGGGAAUCAAUGAGACAAGCAAUAAUAUCGAUGCGAACUGAAAACGCACAGUUGGUAUUAUUGAAGGAAAUAGCUCAACAUUUGUGCAAGGAAAUGUCACCUGAAAGACAAGUGACUGUGAGGAAGCCAUCUAUUCUUGAAAGCCUUCCAUUCACUUCAUUCUUCAAGUGGAUUAUAUCCUUAUUUUACUGGAAACGGAAUCGUCGAAGCAAGUAAGUAGUAUACAUGUUAUGUAAAUAGUUACUGUUGGACUUUACUAUACUUUAAA